UUUCUUUUUGUUUUGAUCUCGAAGCGCCCCCAUUCGUUGACGAGAUAUCCAAUCUCUCACAGCUUCGGCCGAAAUUGGAUAUUUGUGCGUUUUUCUUAUUGCUAAGAUUUUUGUCAUAGAAAAUCUGAAUGCAUUUACCGGUACUGCAUUUCUUGUGCUAAGACAUUUGAACUGUGUGUGGCGUGACUCUGGUGCUUGUGUUAUAAGACUAUGAUUUCGAAGUGAAAACUACUGUGAUAACAACUUUAUAGAAAAAUAACACUAAAACAGUGCAGUACAACUCUGUGGGUUAGCAGGUGCUAACUAACGGGACUGUUGAAACCGACAGUCACUUAAAGGCAUUUUAUUGCGUGCUGUAGCUGCAUAAGGCAGCCAAACGACCAUGGCAGCCGCCACCAAGAUGGAGAACCCUAUCAACCAUUCUAGUCCAGCAACUGGCGAUAUGAAGGCAGAAAAUGACCAGGGUUGGAAAGCGAAAUUAAAAAUGCCACCAAAGGAUCAAAGAUUCAAAACAUCCGAUGUAACAAACACUAAAGGCAACGAGUUCGAAGAUUUUUGCCUGAAACGCGACCUGCUUAUGGGCAUUUUUGAGAAGGGCUGGGAAUCACCUUCCCCAAUCCAAGAGGCUAGCAUCCCGAUAGCACUGACGGGCCGUGAUAUUCUUGCACGCGCAAAGAAUGGCACAGGCAAGACAGGAGCGUAUGCCAUUCCAAUCUUGGAGAGGGUGGAUAAUACAAGAGAUGAGGUGCAAGCCAUGUGUGUAGUCCCGACACGAGAGUUAGCAUUGCAGACUAGUCAGAUCCUGAUCGAGCUGUCCAAACACAUCGGGGCCAAGGUGAUGGUCACCACAGGAGGAACCAAUCUUAAAGAUGACAUUAUGAGGCUUUAUGAACCAGUACAUGUUGUAGUAGCCACGCCCGGGAGAAUCCUGGAUUUAAUGAAUAAAAACCUGGUGAAAAUCAGCAAGUGUGGGAUCCUGGUUUUAGAUGAGGCUGACAAGUUAUUAUCCCAGGAUUUCAAGGGAAUGUUGGACAACAUCAUCAGUCACUUACCCAACGACCGACAGAUCCUUCUCUACUCAGCCACAUUUCCUCUCUCCGUCGAACAAUUCAUGAAGAAGUACCUGCACAGUCCAUACGAGAUAAACUUGAUGGACGAGUUGACGUUGAAGGGAGUCACACAGUACUACGCCUUUGUCCAAGAGAAACAGAAAGUCCACUGCUUGAACACCCUCUUCUCUAAGCUCCAAAUCAACCAGUCUAUCAUAUUCUGCAACUCAACCCAACGUGUGGAACUGCUGGCCAAGAAGAUUACGGAGCUGGGCUACUCAUGUUUUUACAUUCAUGCCCGAAUGAACCAGCAGCACAGAAAUCGGGUGUUUCAUGACUUCAGGCAGGGACUCUGCAGAAAUCUUGUCUGCUCAGGUCUGUAUUAA